AUGAGCGAGCACGAGUACAAGUUCGAGGUCGUCAUGACGUGUUCCGGCUGCUCCGGUGCCGUCGAGCGCGUUCUCUCCAAACUCCAAGGUAAGCCCCUUCCACUCCACACCGCCCUCAUCGUCUCGAGACACCGCUCACACACUCUUCUCCUCUUUGCAUGGAUGCAAGGCGUGGACUCGUACGACGUCUCGCUCGAGUCGCAGUCGGUCGUCGUGCGCGGCUCGGCUCCUUUCGACACCGUGCUCGAGAAGAUCAAGAAGACCGGCAAGGAGGUCAAGUCCAGCCAGGUCGUCCGAUAG